UGUCAAUGGCCGAUCUAUUGUUUUGUGCACAUUGUUUCUGUUGGAGCUUGGGUUCAAUACUUAUCGUCGUUUAGUUUGUGCUUCAUUUAAUUUUAAAGUUAAAAAAAAUUUUUUUGGAAGGAUGCAGCCAACAGUUAGAUUUAUGUAUUUAAUGUUACUAUGUACAUCCCUUUUAUCGCAUUUGGUCUUUGGGUUUAUUGAUCUGCGAGGACGUGGUUGUGAGGGGAGCGCUUUUCGUGACAUUGUUGCUGGCCUGCGAACCAACUGGACUGGAACAAUCUCUUUCACAGUAGACUGCUCGGACAACUAUGACUACGCCUUGGACGUUGCAUCACUGACAAAUUACCAGUGCAAGCUGCAGGACAAUAAAUGGACUCCAGAUUAUAUUCCGGAUUGCAAUUGGCUGAUGCGCCCGGACAAUGUCAGUAUUGCAUUCAUCAUAACACUAAGUCAAGACUGCAGCAACAUUAAGGUGGUCACAGUGCAUUCCAAGCCAACGAUUGUAAUGGCUAACGGGACUUUGGUGGACAUAGUCAGAGUCUGUGAAAGAACUAAGAUGUUGAAGACAUGUACCAUCGAGGAUGCUAUUGUAUUGUGCAAUGCUGAGCUUCCAAAACAAAUUUCUUUGUCUACACUAAUCGUUGGCAGACGUACACUGAAUGAAUCAAGUACAUACACUCACCUCUACUUGAAGCUAACAACAGCCUAUAGCAACAUCCUGGAGGAGGAGUUAACUCACGGAGCAGCUCUCAACCUUCAAAAGAUAGUCCUCCAGUACUUAGAGUUGCCAGCUAGCACUCGUGUCAAGAGCACCAGUAGUGCCAGUUGUCGGGACGCAUCUCUUUACGUCUUAGAUCCUAAACGAGGCAUGGUCUGCCGAGGAUGUUCCAUGGGUCACUUUUUGUCUCGAGAGCUGAAACAGUGCAUCAGGUGCCCCCCUGGUCAAUAUAUGGAAAGGGCCAUGAGUGAAAAAUGUUUGAAAUGUCAGAAUGAAGAGAAUCAAGCACUAAUCUCAGAGGAUGACCGCCUGGUCAGUGUCAACGAAUGUUUUCAGAAACAGCUUCAGUCAGUGGCACAAAGUGCUGACACGUCAGGUAUGAGCGAUGCAACCAUGGCGACUUUAAUAGUUACCAUUACAUUGGUACUUUUGGUCAGUGCCGCCAUCUUAAGCCUCAAGGAUGGCCCAGGUGACAGUCUACAGGAAGACCAAGCUGGAUGGAUUGAAAUCCCAGCCUCCAAGCCCCAUCGAUGCCUGCUUCGCGGAGAGUUGCUCCCGAAACAGUGUGGAGGAGGAAACCAAUCAAGAACCUGCAAAAGACCGACGCAUUUCCUCAGUGCUAGCCUUGACCCAUGGAAUGGAUGACUGUGUUGGGAUGCCAUUGAAUAUCACGUGACAGCCAUCACCAUGUGAUUAAAUGCUCCAAUUUUAAUGAUAACAUAUUUAUGUGAUUCGUUUUGUUUUGUUUUAAUACCUAAAGUAUUCAUAUAAAAGAUCCUGAAUUUAA